AGGGAGACGUCAUUGCGGGUUGUUUGUGCAGCCUCCGUGGCGGUGACCCGCAGUGAUUCGGCCGCCGUGCCGGGGGUGGGGGGGGCCGCGCGGGACUCUUUUCUUUCAGACGGACCGCGGGGCAGCUGUGGAGCAUGUCGACCCCCGCCCGGAGGAGGCUCAUGCGGGAUUUCAAGCGAUUGCAAGAGGACCCACCUGUGGGUGUCAGUGGCGCACCAUCUGAAAACAACAUCAUGCAGUGGAAUGCAGUUAUAUUUGGACCAGAAGGCACACCCUUUGAAGAUGGUACUUUCAAACUAGUAAUAGAAUUUUCUGAAGAAUAUCCAAAUAAACCACCAACUGUUAGGUUUUUAUCCAAAAUGUUUCAUCCAAAUGUGUAUGCUGAUGGUAGCAUAUGUUUAGAUAUCCUUCAGAAUCGAUGGAGUCCAACAUAUGAUGUAUCUUCUAUUUUAACCUCAAUUCAGUCUCUGCUGGAUGAACCCAAUCCAAACAGUCCAGCUAAUAGCCAGGCAGCACAACUUUAUCAGGAAAACAAACGGGAAUAUGAGAAAAGAGUUUCAGCCAUUGUUGAACAAAGCUGGAAUGAUUCAUAAUAGACAACUGAACCAAAAGGUGUCCCUAAACUGAUCAAGAAUGACCAGAUGACAGAACUCCGACCUAGAAGUUGACAAUCUCCUUUCAGACAUGAGUACCCAGCAGAGAAUUUAGAGCUGGACAGCGGGCAAACACUGUUAUUUGACAUACGGGGUAAUAUAAACCUCAUUUCAGAUACAACAGUGUAUUUUCAUUUACUACUACAGAUAGCAAAGCAUCAGGGUGGUGAUAGUGUUAUUCCUCCCAAUGCCUGUGGAAUAGGUAAGCCACAGAUCCAAGUGGAUCCUGGAAAAGUUCAGAGGAAAUCUUUCCCCUGCAAAGGUAGAGGAUUUAUCAGGUGGGCCACAGACUCCAAGGAUUCCAAAAGCAAUUUUCUGGAUAACAUGAAAGGGUAUCACUAUUAACUGAGCUCCCUAAACUGUCCUUGUGCUUCUCACAAGGUAUUGAGAUUUUUGUCUUUCACAGAAAAGAUCCUCUUAGUCAUUAUUUGAAUGUAAUAUUACACUAUGUAUCUUCCUAAGAUAUCACUUGACCCUCACCCCGUCUAGGGGAAGACUAUAUAUAAAUAUGAAGAAGCCAAUAUCUCGUAGCUUAUACCUGGUGCGAGCUCCUGUUUGAAAGCUAAGAGUGGACCAUUUUACCUACACCACAGGAGUGCUGUGAUGCAAAA